CUGACUACCCCUUCCCCCUCCCACAGGCCAACACAUUGCACUAGUUAUAAAAUGGUAUCUAUAUCCAGUCGUUCAGGUCCAAAAGCCUGAGUGAAGAAAAAGAGGGGGAAGGAGGUGGAGGUGGGACGAGGCGUUUCAACGGCUGCACCAAAACUGGUAUUAGUAGUAGUAACUAGUUGAUGACUUCCUCUUCAGAGCGCUUCUGAGAUAUUAGAAAAACACAACAUGAAAGGUCUUAUUGUGUUUAGCAUUCUUUUGGCCGUUGUUACAGGGUCUCCUCACAAGCGGGGAAGACUUGCCAGGUAUUUGCACGACGCUCAACCAACGCCCAAGUUCACCAAGAUAGUGGGAGGGAAGGAUGCCGACCUGUGCGAACUGAAAUACCAGAUCAGCCUACAGGACAUCUCCUUCGGGUUUCCUUAUCACUUGUGCGGAGGAUCCAUCAUCAACGAGAACUGGGUGGUCACCGCUGCUCACUGCUUUGAUGAAGUGGACAUCAGUGCACCAGGUUUCCUGCAGGUCGUGGCAGGAGAACACAACCUGAUCGAGGACGAAGGCCAAGAGCAGACCAUCAUCCUGAAGGAGAUCCGAAUCCACGAGAAAUACGACAAGUGGACAGUGGCCAACGACAUCGCCCUCCUCAGACUCUCUUCCCCAAUCAAGUUCGAUGACUGUUCCCAGCCGAUCGCCCUCCCGGAGAAGGACCACCUGGCCACCGGGGACUGCGUCGUUUCCGGCUGGGGGACGCUCAAGGAAGAGGGCCACCCGUCCGACAUCCUCCAAAAGGCCACCAUCCCCAUGAUGACCGACGCAGACUGCAAGAAAAUCUUCGGCGAGACCGAGAUCGACGGCUGCAUGAUCUGCGCGGGCGUCAUCGACGGGGGCGUAGACGCCUGCGAAGGGGAUUCUGGCGGACCCCUGGCUUGUAAGGAUACCGGCGCGCCUUACCUGGCGGGGAUUGUGUCCUGGGGCUACGGCUGUGGUCGGCCAGGCUACCCCGGAGUCUAUGCAGAAGUCUCUUGCUACGUCGACUGGAUUAACGACCAAAUCACAAAGUGAAACGAAAUCUUUGGCUCUGAAUUUCACGAAGAAACAAUUUCUUUGACUUUAUAUCAUCCUUUCCGCCCCGUUGAUUCUAAUGCCUCGAAUUCCAAGUUGCAGAGGAAUUAAAAAUGACAUUGG